UUGAUCGCCAGUCUGCAGGAGUCUCCACAUGAGUCAUUCCUUCCUCUUCACAUUUUUUCCUUCCUUGAUUUUGGACGAAAUCUGGGAGAAUCGUGAAGAUGAUGGGCAUCAAGGAGCGACGUGCAGUGAACGUGAAAGGCUUACUGAGGAGGAAUUGGCUGCUUAUUGCGACGAUUCUGUCGGUGCUGAUCGGUAUCAGUUUGGGCAUUGUGGUGAGGGAGUAUGUGUCCCUCUCCCAUCUCCACAAGCAGUAUUUCGGCUUCCCAGGAGAGAUCCUGAUGCGAAUGCUGAAACUGGUCAUCCUUCCACUCAUCAUUUCAAGUAUGAUCACAGGUGUUGCAGCCCUUGACUCUGAGGUGUCAGGAAAGAUAGGUCUUCGGGCUGUUAUCUAUUACUUCUCAACAACCAUCAUUGCAGUUAUUCUCGGAAUUAUUUUGGUGAUGACAAUCAAACCGGGUGUGUCUCAAGAAGCUGAGAACAUUGACAGAGCAGGGACCACCCCCAAUGUUACUACUGUUGAUACACUGCUGGACCUCCUUAGAAACAUGUUUCCAGAAAACCUGGUGCAGGCUUGUUUUCAGCAGUACAAAACAAAGCGGAAAGAGCUGGAGCCAGUGAAAGUAUUGUCCAACACCACCACGAUUCCACCUCUAGCUAUUACAGUCAUGACAGUCGUAGAGAACAUCACUAGGGAGUAUAAAAUCGUUGGAGCGUAUUCAGAUGGAAUAAACGUACUGGGCCUCAUCGUAUUCUGUGUGGCUUUUGGACUUGUUAUUGGAAAGAUGGGAGACAAAGGCCGAAUACUCCUGGAAUUCUUCGAUGCCCUGAAUGAAGCCACCAUGAAACUAGUGCAGAUAAUUAUGUGCUACAUGCCGUUUGGAAUCCUGUUCCUAAUUGCUGCAAAGAUCAUUGAGGUGGAAGACUGGGAGAUCUUCAGGAAGAUGGGUCUUUAUAUGGUGACUGUGCUCAGUGGAUUAGCUAUCCACUCCAUCAUCUGUCUGCCUUUCAUUUUCUUCAUCAUUGUGAGAAAGAAUCCCUACACAUUCACCCUAGGAAUGGCUCAAGCUUUGGUGACAGCCCUUAUGAUUUCUUCCAGGUCAGUAAACCAUUUUUCUUUUACUUUUCACUUCUUAAAAUCUUAUCUGCCCAUCUAUAUGGUAAGUCAAUUCCUCACAAUGUGUUUCAGCUCUGCUACCCUACCUGUCACCUUCCGCUGUGCUGAAGAGAACAACCGCAUCGACAAGAGGAUAACUCGCUUCGUGCUCCCAGUAGGUGCCACCAUUAACAUGGACGGCACAGCACUCUAUGAGGCAGUGGCUGCCAUCUUCAUCGCCCAGCUUAAUGACUACCCUCUGGACGUGGGCCAGAUUGUCACUAUCAGCAUAACAGCAACAGUUGCCAGUAUUGGAGCAGCAGGAGUCCCCAAUGCUGGGCUUGUUACCAUGGUGAUAGUCUUAACGGCUGUCGGACUACCUGCCAGUGAUGUUACACUGAUAGUUGCUGUGGACUGGCUUCUGGAUCGUUUCCGUACAAUGGUCAAUGUUCUGGGCGAUGCUUAUGGAGCCGGAAUUGUUCAGAAACUAUCCAAGAGGGAGUUGGAGAGGAUGGAUCUGAUUUCAGAUGUGGAUGUUGCUAACCCGUUCGCCCUGGAAACAACUCUAGAUGACGAGGAAUGUGAGAAAAAAUCUUACGUCAAUGGAGGCUUUACUGUCGAUAAGACAGAUGCAAUUUCCUUCACAGAAACCUCCCAGUUUUAGCUUCCAGGUGGAUCACAGGAGAGAAAAAUGCUAUACAUACAGGAAGGAUGCAACCAGUCCAUCCGAGUUCAAGCAUUAGCAACAGCAGCCUUCGUUAAGCUUAGAUGAACAUUAUCACCUGCCAUUUUGAAUAUUGAUAACCACUAGAUUCAAGUGCUUCCUUUAUAAUCUAAAUCUGUGCCAAGAUUUUGAAAAGCCACAUUUCUUUAGAUAAGACUGAAAAGCUUCUUGCAAAGAGCACUUUGUCAAUAGUCCUCCUUAUGACAUAUCCCUUAAGUAGGGAUGUGGUGUUUGUGAGUCUGUAAUAAAAAAAUGCAUAAUUUUCUCCUUGAGUAGGCAAGAAGACUCUAAAUAUCGCACUGCUUAUUUAGGGAUGCUCUGAUCAGGUUUUUGCUGCCGAUUCCUAUACCGAUCAUCCAUGAGACCGAUCUCUGGUAAAUGGACUGAACUUAUAUAGUUAUAGCUUUAUCCAAUAAUUUUUGACCACUCAAAGCGCUUUACACUAGAGUCAGAUUCACCCAUUUGCACUCACAAAUGCUCACACAUCGACACGUGACAGAAGAAAGCUGGAAUCGAACCUACAACCUUCCAAUCGCAAGACGACUACUCUACCCACACAGUCACAGCCCUGUUAGUGCUGCCUAUUAACAUUUUGUUUUAGGUGUAAAUGAUUCUAGGCAAAAUGAAAAAAUUAUCUGGCAAUAAAUUUAUCUAAUUUAGAAAUAAUAGACAUAUUUCAAUACAUAUCGAAAACCUGUUUUUAAAAGUUACAUGCUGCAGCUUUAAACAGACAUCCGGUGUGAGAGAGUUCACUGUCUGGUGGAGGUUGAGUGGCGCUAUGUCUGUGAAAUAUUACUACAGCGCAUAGCAAUGGUCCAAGAGCGAGAGCAGAUCGCAGCGUCUUAUACUGCCAGCUCGAAGACUUGAAUUAUUUUUCGGGUUAUUUGUUUAGCUUUCUGACCGUGAAGCUAAUCCGGGUGAGUGUGGGUAGUUGUGCGCUGCUUUACCUACUAUCUGGCCGCUCCGGGUGUCAAUUUUUUUCGUGCAAUGAGCCUCAAUGUAGCCAAACUCCAUCAAGUGUUUGUUUUUUAAAUUUCAUAUUACAUUUAUUGUGUUGAUGCAUUUUGACGUGCUUCAGUUCCGAGGUAAUUUUCCGCCGCACCACACAAACAUCUCCAUUCACUCUCAGAGCGUUAUGGUUCCACUCCACAGUAUCUGUUGCCAAGUGCUUGCACUGUUGCACGUUCACACUGUGCUUGCGCUGAUCACAAGUGAGGCAGGCUGCCUGUGAAGCCUGCCUCACUUGUGAAAUGAGAUAAAGAUGAUCGGUUAUGGUGAUCGGCAACAAGAUACAGUGAUCGGCAAUCUCCGAUCAUACACCUUUUCACGGAAAUCGGACGAUAAUGCUCGGUGACCUCUAGUAAUAUUGUGUACCUUUAUGUAUAUUUGAACUGUGCCAAAUGUAUGACAAGUUUUUAUUUUGCCAAGUUGCAUGAAGUAAUACGCUAUGAUGACUUAUCUGUGGCUGCAGACCAACUGUCAGUGAGAACUUUUUAAAGACUGGUUGAUGCAUAUUGAAUAUUGAUGGCUGAUAUUAAUGAACACUGUGAAAUUCCACUUUUAUCUAAGACAUCUGUUAAUGAUGUAUUGCCAAAUAAGAAAAAUAUAAAAAUUUUACUCAUGUGGGAAUACAUAAAUGUCCCCUACCCAUUGGUGUUUUUGUUGCUGCCAGACAUCGGAGUCUGUUUGUAUUUGUUUGGAUUUCAUUAUGCAUUGAUGAUUUUUUAUUUUUUUUGUAAUUUAUAAAAGUUCUGUCAAAAAAGACAGUUUUAUGUCUUUAAUAGACUUAAAAGUAAACCUAAACAAUAAACUGCUGAACAUAUAGUUCUACA